UCAAAACAGAGCAAGUGGCUGUGCCCCUUGUAAACACCCAGGUUUAUUGUUUUGCUUCCCUUGGCAGACUUAUGAGCUGGCAGUGAUGGAGUGUGGACCUCUAACCAUACUCUUGGCCUGAGCAUUGGUGACGGAUCUUCCGUGUGGUCUGUUUCCUGGGAAGGUUGUUAUUAUACAGUCCACUAGGCACCGGUCGGGACGCCGAACUUCUGCUCCUCUUUCAGCUCUGCGGAUUUCUAUGGCCUGGGGAAAGCUGGUUACUGACUCAGGUGGGGUGUGUGUGGACAUCUGGCUCUGCCGGGACUUAAGCAAGGGGGUCCACCUGGCCUAAUUGGGAACAGUUGUUCCCGUUCUGUUCCCGGAGGAAAUCCUGUUUCCUUUUCAAUUCCCGGCCAGAUUUUUUGCGGUAUAUUUUUCCCUGACUCCCGGGAAGCAGCAUAAUCAAUGGUGACCCACUAAAUCCCCAACAACAAUUUAUAUCCAAAUCAAAUGAACGAAACAAACAACUUUGUCCCUACAACGUGGAGUACAGCAUACAGUUGUCAUUAAGUGACAAACUAUUUCAUAGGAAGUUCCUUGUUAUGCAGAGUAUUUCGGGCAAUCCUAAAAUUACCUUAUAAUUACUGGAUAAAUAUACAAUUGUUACUUUAUUAGAAUGCUGUAGUAAACUGCAGUAAUCAUUUAAGAAAUAAAAGGUAAAUUUAUUGCCCUGCUCCUUGGCUUUGCUUCCUGCUAAAGAAGUAUUGCACAACAGUACUUAAAGUAAUCAAAGUGGGGAAAUUUUAGCCCCACUCAUCAUUGUAAAGGAGCCACUGCAAAUGUUGGUGAUGCGGCGUGCUGCUGGAUUACCCUUCUGCAGGAGGCCACUUCGUAAUACUUUCUACAUUUUGUCCUGUGUUGGGGCAUUUAUUCUUGGGAGUUUGAUGACUUUAAUGUCUGUUGAUCCAAUGAGAUGUGAUAUUCAUCAGUGUACAGAAAAAAUCAAACGCAUAGAUGUGGAAGAUACAAACAGCUGGCUUGGAAUGUGGGGUCGUAACAGUAGAGGCCCUGAAAAGAGCGUUUUUCUUGUCAUAGUACUGUUGAGUGCCCCAGUUAAUGUAGAACAAAGAAAUGUGAUUAGACAGACAUGGUUAAGUGAAGAAAAAGCAGACACACUUCAUUUCUUUGUCCUUGGUGUCAGUAGCUUAAAUGAGGACCUCAACACAACUAUACAAUCUGAACAAAAAAGAUUUGGAGACAUGUUGUUAUUGAAUAAUGUUAUUGAUUCCUACCAAGCUCUUACUAAAAAGCUUUUGGCCUCUUUUGUGUAUAUACACUAUAAUGUUAAGUUUAGAUUCCUGUUGAAAUGUGAUGAUGAUACAUAUGUUCAGGUUUCACAGCUUCACAAGGAACUCAAGAGUGUACCAUAUAAACAACGCUUAUAUUGGGGUUUCUUUGAUGGGCGUGCAAUUCCUAGAAAGAGUGGUCCUUGGAAAGAGGCAGACUGGGUAUUGUGUGACCGAUAUUUGCCAUAUGCAUUAGGGGGUGGAUAUGUUCUUUCUUCUGAUGUUGUCACUUUUGUUGCUAUAAAUUCAAAAUAUUUGAAACUCUACAAAAAUGAAGAUGUUUCUCUAGGUACUUGGCUAGCUCCUUUAGACUUACAUAGAGUACAUGACACAAGGUUUGAUACUGAAUAUAAAUCUCGGGGUUGCAAUAAUGAGUAUCUGGUGACUCACAAACAGAGCACACUACAUAUGCGUGAAAAAUAUAAUUCAUUGAAGGCCACUGGUCUACUUUGUCGAGAACAGUUCCAAGUUUACAAGUCAUAUAAAUACAACUGGAAUAUGCCUCCAUCACAGUGUUGUGUUCGAAAUGAUUCUUCAUUGCCAUAAAAAUACUUUAGAAUCUUUGUGUAACUAAAAUGAGUAAUAGAAUUUUAUUUGUCAUUCUGUUACAGUAACUGUAGGUUGUAUGCUCAUACACUUAAUCAUGCCGAAGGAAAUGGGAUUCAUGCUAUGGGAAAUGUUAUAUAAUAAAAUGUGAAUUAUGAAAUCUUGGAUAGCUAAUUGUUUUCAAUGAUGUAUUACAACUUAAAUAGUAACAUUCAUGUAUAGUAACUUGAAUAGUAACAUUCAUGUAGAGUUUUCUGCUAAAUUAAUCUGCUUUGCAUUGCAGAUUGUGCAUGGUGAGUUCUGAAUAUUUCAUUAUUUCUUUAGGGUAACAAUAAACAGAUAUGAGCCACUGUUUUUGUCAUAUAAAUCUGUUUGAGCAUGAAAACUAUUCCCAGUAACUUUAAUCAGCAUUAUAAAGCCUCUUUAUACAGCACUGUACUUAUGUUGCUACACAAUUAGAUAAUAUAUACAUGAGAGGGCAUGGGUGAGCAGGAGCUACCUCAUAUGGAUCAAUAAGCCUAUUGCAGUGAUCCUCUCCUACAUUUUUAUUUUCUGCAGUGCUGUACUCUUAUGUUCUGCUGUAUUAACCUUUUAACGGUCUCCCAUGGUGAUCUCCGUCAUUGAAGCCAGUGUUGGUUACAUAGAUCUGUAUCUUAACCACAGUGCCCUCGAAUUUGUUUUGAUUGGUAAAUUUUAGCCUAGACCUGAAAGAAUAGGUCUGUGCAGUGGGUGUGCACAGUAUAAAAAAAAUACUGCCACACUCAGUGCAUGAUGGAAACAGGAAGCCUCUGACCUUGUGUUUGUGAUAAAACAGCAACUUGACACAUUUUCCCAACUGGUUUUCAUGGUUAUGUUGACUGUUUCUUGAGGCUAAUUGAUAGACCAGAAGACAGUGGAGUGGAGAAGAUUUUAGUCAGUUUUAGACUGGAAGUGGCUGGAAGCUCAAAAUGGCAGAAAUAUCUGAUUUUUGGUGAUUUUUCUGAGGAAGAAUAAGAGUUCUCUAAACCCCUUGUCUGUUUUAUGGGUUUUUACUAAUCUGCAUUUUUACUAAUCUCACUUUUUUGGGUUAUCCUAAGUUCUUAACACAUAUGCUGCUAUGUAU